ACAAUUGCAAAAAUGUGUCAAUUUUAUUAGGGCAAUCGAACCGACCCACCGCGCGAUCCUCCCGUCUAGGUUUUCUUUUGUAUCUCCUCCACCACCGGCGACUCGAGCCCCACCGUCCUCCAACACAAUCCUCCGCUCUUCACCGACGCAGGUGGUAGUUCUCUUUUAUCUCCUCGGCUACCGGUGACGUCGGGCAGUGAUGGCUCGGAACGAGGAGAAGGCGCAGUCGAUGCUGAAUCGAUGGGUGGAUAUGAAGAACGAGGAGAAGAGGAAGCCCAAGGAACGCCGUCCUUACCUGGCCUCGGAGUGCCGCGACCUGGCCGAGGCCCACAAAUGGCGCUCCGAGAUCCUCCGCGAGAUCGGCGUCAAGGUGACGGAGAUACAAAACGAGGGCCUCGGCGAACACCGCCUCCGCGACCUCAACGACGAGAUCAACAAGCUCCUCCGCGAGCGCGUCCACUGGGAGCGCCGCAUCGUCGAGCUCGGGGGCCCCAACUACACCAAACAUGCAGCCAAGAUGACUGAUCUCGAGGGCAACAUCAUCGACGUCCCCAACCCCAGCGGCCGUGGCCCCGGCUACCGCUACUUUGGCGCCGCCAAGAAACUCCCUGGAGUCCGCGAGCUCUUCGAGAAGCCCCCGGAGGUCAAGAAACGCCGCACCCGUUACGAGAUCUACAAGCGGAUUGACGCCAGCUACUAUGGCUACCGCGACGACGAGGAUGGCAUCCUCGAGAAGCUGGAGGCCCCUGCCCAGGACGACAUGCGUCGCCGAGCAGUCGAGGAGUUGGAGCGCAUCAAGGCCAUCCGGAGUGAGGCCAUGAAGAUGGUGAAGAGUGGGGAGGUGGCGAGCGUGGAGCCCACUGCUGCCCCCGCCGUUGAAGUAGUGCUGUUUGAGGGGGUCGAGGACGUCGUGGAGGAGGAGAGGAGGUUGGAGAUGGAGGAGGAGCUGGAAAGGACCAAGGUGCAGCAGGAGUUUGUGGCACAUGUUCCGCUUCCGGACGACAAGGAGAUUGAGAGGAUGGUCGUUGAGAAGAAGAAGAAGGAACUGUUGAGCAAGUACAUGAGUGAGGAACUGAUGGAAGAGGAGCAGGAGGCUAAGGAAAUGCUCAAUGUCAAUAGGUAGUCAUGAAUGAGCUGCUGCUGCUGCUGCCACAAGUAUUUGCAAGAUGCUGUAGUUCUGAGACAAAUGAAGACGUAGUUACUUACUGGGCCUCUUCAUCAGGAGCUUGGUUUACUUUUUCUGCAAUCUCAUAAUAGAGUACCUUCAGUUCCUUGAAACCAGGCGUCCUGUAAUCAACCCAUUAUGCAGCAGCAUCGCUGCUGUCUUUACACUGUACCUCAUGAAGCGACAGAUACGCAGUGGAUUGUCGGCACUUUUGCUGCUGAUGCUUUUCAUUGUUUAUUCAGUGACGCUCGUUGGCAGCUUAUUUGUGUCUGGAAUGUUGUUUCCUUAGCAUUCUACAUCGCGUUCAAACCU